AUGUCUCAAAGAAAAUCAGUUCUGAUCACAGGAUGUAGCGACGGUGGUAUUGGAUCCGCCCUCGCGAAGGCAUUCCAUGACAAGGGAAUUCAUGUUUUUGCAACUGCACGACAAAAAUCAAAGAUGAAAGCGCUUGGAGAUCUUCCGAACAUCACAUUCCUGGAACUUGAUGUCACCUCCUCGGAAAGCAUCGCAGCAGCGCAAGAAGCCGUGAGCAAGGAAAGAAAUGGAACGCUUGAUUACCUAGUAAACAACUCUGGGUCAGGUUAUGUCAUGACCUUCCUAGAUUCAGAUCUCGAGACAUCACAGCGAAUGUUUGAUGUUAAUGUAUGGGGAGUUGCUCGUGUCACCCAAGCAUUUGCUUCACUUUUGAUCGCUGCCAAAGGAACAAUUGUGAACAAUGCUUCGACGGCAGCAUGCCUGGGACUUCCAUACCAGAGCAUGUAUUGUGGCUCGAAAGCUGCUGUACGGCUAAUGAGUGAAGCAAUGGCCCUCGAGAUGAAGCCUCUUGGGGUAAGGGUGGUCACGAUCAUCACUGGUAAUGUUCGCUCUGUUUGGUUUUCGAACCAACCAGAGUUUAUAUUUCCUCCCGGGUCUUAUUAUACCGCUGUCAAAGAUAAAAUAGGUAUAUACUCCAGGGGAGAGCAAGGGCAUCCACAAACGGAUCCGAAGGUGUAUGCGGAGAAGGUGGUUGGUGAUAUUCUUGGCGGAGCGCCAGGAACAAUAUGGCGAGGAGCACAGUCUUAUACUGUUAGAUACGCGCUACCCUGGGUCCCUGAUUGGUUGAAGAGUAUCCUUGCUGUGAAAGGAAGUGGACUUGACACAUGGAACGUCUAA